AUGGAGGCCUUUUUGGAGGAAUUCUUGAAGCGAGCAAUUGCCCCCCUAAUGGCCGACAUUGUUUCGAUGAAGAAAGAUAUUGCCUCCAUGAAGGAAGACAUUCUCGUCCUACUUCACCGCUCUUAUCACAUGGAAAGACGUGUAAACCUUGCGAUGGAAGCGGCCAACGAAGCCAAAGGAGAGAUCGAAGAGAUCUCUGAGCGCAUCGAUGACUAUUUCAAUACGGCCAAUGACGAUGACGGAGUGUCUACUGCUGGUGAUGCUGACGGAGUGCCUGAUGCCGACGAUGAUGCAGUGGCUUCUGCUGAUGGCGACGGAAAGUGUAAUGAUGUUCCCACCGAAGUGGCUGAUGUCGAUCGCAAGGAUGAUGCCGACAACUAA